GCCCCGCAUUCGCCCCGCCCACAUGAGGGGCCGUGCGCGUCUCAGUGUCCCAUUGGCGGGCGCUGAUUGGCCGCGGCGCGCCCGCCCCUCCCGCUCCCCGCAGAAAGGGGCGGGGCCCUGCAGGAGGCUGGAGGCGGCGGCGAUGGGCGAGUCCCGGGUCCUGUCCCGGGCCGAGGCGCUGCAGCUCGGGCCUGGCUGGAGACACGCCUGCCACGCCCUGCUCUACGCCCCCUGCCCUGGCCGCCUCUUCGGCCGCGUCCCGCUGCGCCACGCCGUGCUGAUGCAGAUGCGCUUCGACGGGCGGCUGGGGUUCCCGGGCGGGUUCGUGGACCCCCGGGACAGCUCGCUGGAGGCCGGACUGAACCGGGAGCUGCGGGAGGAGCUGGGGCCCGGGGCGGCCCCCCUGAGCCUGACCGAGGGCGACCAUCUCGGGGCGCGCUUCGCCGAGACGCCCCAGCGCCUGGUGGCUCAUUUCUACGCCAAGCGGCUCAGCCUGGAGCAGCUCCGGGCCCUGGAGGACGGAGCCACGAAAGCCGAGGACCACGGGCUGGAGGUCCUGGGGCUGGUGCGUGUCCCCCUCUACACGCUGCGGGACGGGGUGGGGGGGCUCCCCACUUUCCUCUCCAACAGCUUUGUCGCCAGCGCUCGGCAGCAGCUUCUCCAGGCGCUGGGGGCCCUGGGGCUGCUGUCCGAGGCCGAGCUCCGCCAGGCCGACGCCGUGUCCCGGAAAGGACUCUGACCCCCACCCCCG